AUGACAUCAAAAGAGCCCGUCAUCAUCGUGGGCGCCGGCCUCGCCGGGCUCGUCGCCGCGUUCGAGCUGCAGGAGAGAAACGUGCCGGUCAUCUUCGUCGAUCAGGAGAACGAGAACAACCUGGGCGGGCAGGCCUUUUGGUCGCUCGGGGGCAUUUUCUGCGUCGACUCGGCCGAGCAGCGGCGCAUGGGCAUCAAGGACUCGCGCGAGCAGGCCUGGCGCGACUGGCAGGGCUCGGCCGCUUUUGACCGCGACGACGAGGAUGUCUGGCCGCGCCGCUGGGCGCGCGCCUUUGUCGACUUUGCGACGGACGAGAUGGAGAGCUAUGUCAAGGCGCGCGGCAUGGGCUUCAUGGCCAACGUCGGCUGGGCUGAGCGCGGCGACGGCACCGCCACCGGCCAUGGCAACUCGGUGCCGAGAUUCCACCUGACUUGGGGCACCGGACCGGAGGUCGUCCGGGUCUUCGCCGAGCCGGUCAAGAAGGCGGCUGAGAAGGGCCUCGUGCAGUUCCAGUGGCGGCAUGUCGUGGACGAGGUCAUCAUCGAUGAGUCGUCGGGCCGCGCCGUCGGCGUUAGGGGCCGCAUCCUCGAGCCGGACGAUUCAGCACGAGGCGUAAAGUCGUCCCGCGUCGAGGUCGAUCGCUUUGAGCUGCGCGGCGCCGCCGUGCUCGUCUCGUCGGGCGGCAUCGGCGGCAACGUGGAGGCCGUCAAGGCUGCCUGGCCGGUCGAUAAGCUGGGCCCGAAGGUGCCUGAGCACUUUGUUAUCGGUGUUCCUGCACACGUUGACGGCCGCAUGAUUGGCAUCGCGGAGACGGCGGGCGCGCACGUCAUCAAUCGCGACCGCAUGUGGCACUACACUGAGGGCCUCCAGAACUGGAAUCCCAUCUGGCCCGGCCACGGUAUUCGAGUCCUGCCCGCGCCCUCGUCGCUGUGGCUCGAUGCCACUGGCAAGCGCCUGCCUCCAUUCCUGUUCCCGGGCACUGACACGCGCGGCACGCUCAAGUACAUCUGCAGCACCGGAUACGACUACACGUGGUUCAUCCUCGACCAGGCCAUAAUCGCGCGCGAGUUCGCCCUCUCCGGCUCCGAGCAGAACCCCGACAUCACUGGCAAGAGCAUCUGGCUGCUCCUGACACGGAUCUUCGGCUCCAAGGGCACCGUUCCCGUCCAGAAUUUCCAGAAGCACGGCAAAGACUUUGUCGUCCGCGACACGCUGGAGGAGCUGGUCGAGGGCAUGAACAAGCUCGCCGCCGAGCGCAACGGCCCAGCCCUCGAGCUGGCCCAGAUCCGGGACGUGGUCGAGGCGCGCGACGCGCAGAUGAACAACACUUACUCCAAGGAUGCUCAGGCCAUGCUCAUCAACAACGCGCGGUCGUACUGGCCCGACAAGCUCAGCCGCGUCGCCAAGCCCCAUCGCCUCCUCGACAAGGGCAACGGGCCGCUCAUCGCCGUGCGCAUGAACCUGCUGACGCGCAAGUCGCUGGGUGGCAUCGAGACGAAUCUCAGCAGCAACGUUAUGCGCGCGGACGGCACGCCCUUCCCGGGUCUGUAUGCCGCGGGCGAGGCGGCUGGCUUUGGCGGCGGAGGUGUCCACGGGUACAACUCCCUGGAGGGAACGUUCUUGGGAGGUUGCAUCUUUUCAGGGCGUGCGGCAGGAAGAGGAAUCGCCGACGAAGUGUCCAAGGCAUAG